CCCAGAUAGUCACGGCCGAGGGAUUAAAGCCCUAAGAGGCUCUGACACAGCCGUCUCCAAGACCCACUUUCUCCUUCCUUUGAGCCUCUGUAGCAGCUGGGGCACCCGGCAAGAUGUGAGCUGUCACUCUGCUGUGGCACAGACCUGAAUUAAAACUCUAGAGAGAGCUGACUUCAAAACGUACUUUCAUUUUUAAUAACCAGCAUCAGCUCAGCCUGCUUCAUUUGGGAAAAGAAACCUUGCUGGAUUACCCUGACAGUCGCCACCUCCUAGGGGGCCAGCCGUUCCCAAAUGCCCCAGGGAUGAAGAACGCAGACGGUAAGAUGAUUAAUUGCACUGUAGGCAGAUGCACCUGCUGAAGAUGGUGACUCCCUCCUGAGAAGCUGGACUCCUUAGUAAAAGUCAAGGCCUUCUUUAAGGAGAAUAUGAAAGUGUUACUCAGACUUACUUGUUUCAUAGCUCUCCUGAUUUCUUCUCUGGAGGCUGAUAAAUGCAAGGAACGUGAAGGAAAAAUAGUUUUAGUUUCAUCUGCAAAUGAAAUUGAUGUUCGUGCCUGUCCUCUUAACCCAAAUGAAAACAAAGGUACCAUAACUUGGUAUAAAAAUGACAGCAAGACACCUAUAUCUACAGAACAAGCCUCCAGGAUUCAUCAACACAAAGAGAAACUUUGGUUUGUUCCUGCUAAGGUAGAGGAUUCAGGACAUUACUAUUGUGUGGUAAGAAAUUCAUCUCACUGCCUCAAAAUUCAAAUAACUGCAAAAUUUGUGGAGAAUGAGCCUAACUUGUGUUAUAAUGCACAAGCCAUAUUUAAGCAGAAACUACCCAUUGGAGGAGAUGGAGCACUUGUCUGCCCUUAUCUAGAGUUUUUUAAAGAUGAAAAUAAUGAGUUCCCUAAAAUGCAAUGGUAUAAGGAUUGCAAACCUCUACUUCUUGACACUAUACACUUUAGUGGAGUCAAAGAUAGGCUCAUCGUGAUGAAUGUGACUGAAAAGCAUAGAGGGAACUAUACCUGUCAUGCAUCCUACACAUACUUGGGCAAGCAAUAUCCUAUUACCCGGGUAAUAGAAUUUAUUACUCUAGAGGAAAACAAACCCACGAGGCCUGUGAUUGUGAGCCCAGCCAAUGAGACAAUGGCAGUAGACUUGGGAUCCCAGAUACAAUUGAUCUGUAAUGUCACUGGCCAGUUGAGUGACGUUGCUUACUGGAAGUGGAAUGGGUCAUUAAUUGAUGAAGAUGACCCAGUGCUGUGGGAAGACUACUACAGUGUGGAAAAUCCUGCAAACAAAAAAAAGAGUACCCUCAUCACAGUGCUCAAUAUAUCAGAAAUCGAAAGUAGAUUUUAUGAACAUCCAUUUACCUGUUUUGCCAAGAAUACACAUGGUGUAGAUGCAGCAUAUAUUCAGUUAAUAUAUCCAGUCCCUAAUUUCCAGAAGCACAUGAUUGGUAUAUGUGUCACGUUGACAGUCAUAAUUAUGUGUUCCGUUUUCAUCUAUAAAAUCUUCAAGAUUGAUAUUGUGCUUUGGUACAGGGAUUCCUGCUAUGUUUUUCUUCCAGUAAAAGCUUCAGAUGGAAAGACCUAUGAUGCAUAUAUACUUUAUCCAAAGACCACUGGAGAAGGGUCUACCUCUGACUGUGAUAUUUUUGUGUUUAAAGUCUUGCCUGAGGUCUUGGAAAAACAGUGUGGAUAUAAGCUGUUCAUUUAUGGAAGGGAUGACUAUGUUGGGGAAGACAUUGUUGAGGUCAUUAAUGAAAACAUAAAGAAAAGCAGAAGACUGAUUAUCAUUUUAGUCAGAGAAGUAUCAGGCUUCAGCUGGCUGGAUGGUUCAUCUGAAGAGCAAAUAGCCAUGUAUAAUGCUCUUGUUCAGGAUGGAAUUAAAGUUGUCCUGCUUGAGCUGGAGAAAAUCCAAGACUAUGAGAAAAUGCCAGAAUCUAUUAAAUUCAUUAAACAGAAACAUGGGGCUAUCCAAUGGUCAGGGGACUUUACACAGGGACCACAGUCUGCAAAGACAAGGUUCUGGAAGAACGUCAGAUACCACAUGCCAGUCCAGCGACGGUCGCCUUUAUCUAAACACCAGUUACUGUCACCCGCUACUAAGGAGAAACUUCAGAGGGAGGCUCACAUGCCUCUUGGGUAGCAUGGAGAAGUUGCCGAGAGUUCUUUGGGUGCCUCCUGUCUUACGGCGCUGCAGGCCAGGCUGUGCCUCAUACUGACUUGUAGAGUUUAUGGAAUGUAACUGUAUCUUCCUUUAUCUCUGAGGUCACCUUUAAUCAGAUUGUUAAGGGAAUAAGCCAUGGCGUCAAUAGCAGGCCAGGGCACUUUGAAGUAGAGGGCUUGGGAAGAUCUUUUAAAAAGGUAGUAGGCCGGGCAUGGUGGCUCACGCCUGUAAUCCCAACACUUUGGGAGGCUGAGGUGGAUGGAGCACCUGAGGUCAGGAGUUCAAGACCAGCCCGGCUAACAUGGCAAAACUCCGUCUCUACUAAAAAUACAAAAAUUAGCUGGGCAUGGUGGUGCACGCAUGUAAUCCCAGCUACACGGGAGGCAGAGGCAGGAAAAUUGCUUGAAACCAAGAGAUGGAGGUUGCAGUGAGCCGAGUUCAUGCCACUGCACUCCAGCCUGGGCAACAGAGCAAGACGCUGUCCUCCCACCCCCACAAAAAAGCAGUAAAUGCCUUUUCUGAAUGUUUGAACUGCCAAGAAAAGGGAUGGAGACAGCAAACUAGAGGAAAGAGCAUGCAGGAAAUGGUCGCCAUCUAUAGAUGACUUUGUUAAGUCAUCCACAGCCCAAGGGUGGGGCUAUGCCUUGUCUGGGGACCCUGUAGAGUCACUGGCCCUGGAGUGGCUCUCCUGAGUGGCACAGCAGGCACAGUGAGAUUGACACCUCACUGAGGAAGGGAGACAUAUUCUUGGAGAAUGUUCCAUUUGCUUGUAUUUUCCACACACAUCUCCAGCCAGAAGUUGGUUUCCAAAGACCAAAUUUUACAGAUCUUGAAAACUGUCACUUCAGUCAAAAAAGGGAUUCUCCAGUAUUCCAAGGUUUUGAAGUCAUCUUCGCUUUCCGCAGAAGACAGAAAACUUUAAAAAGCAACAGUAGCAGGGAACUGAUCCACUUCUUAAUGCUUUCCUCCCUGGCAUGACCAUCCUGUCCUUCGUUAUUAUUCUACAUUUUACGUCUUUGGAUGGACAGCUCCCUGGUGGCUUCCUUUCUCUGCAUUGUCCCUGGCACAGCUCAUGCAUGAACCAUCCUUCCUGGGAUGCUGCUCUUCUGUCAUCCCGCUCCUGCUGAAACACCUCCCGGUGGCUCCACCUGUUCAGGAGUUGAAGCCCAUGUUCUCCCACCAGCUUGUCGCUCCCUGCUGUGUUUGCCAGCCUCCCCUCGCUGUCCCGCUGUGUGAAUUCCCAGGUUGGCUUCGUGGUCGUGGCACCUGCCCCCAGCACUCUUCUGUCUUUGCCCUUGCCUGGCCCCUUCCUCCUCCUCUGCCUAGAAGGACUUCUCGCAUUUUCUCCAGCUGAUCAGAAUUUUACUGAAAUUCAGAACAUCCUCCAAUUCCACAGUUCCCAGGAGACUUUCCCUAAGAGGCAACUUUCUCUCCAGCCCUCUCUUUCCAGUCAGGUCCAUGGCAGUGAUGGCUGUGAGUGUGUCAUGGAGGCUGGUCUCUCUCCAGCUGGAAUCGCUGCACUCUGUAGGAGAGGCUGUGGGUGGCUGUCUCUGUCCCCCACUGCCUUCCAGGAGCAAUUUGCACAAGUAACAUAGAUUUAUAUAGUGCUUUAUUGUUAAAAAAAAUUCCCCAAUUAUCUUAUUUAAUUUUUGCAAUUAUUCUAAUUUUAUAUAUAGAGAAAGUGACCUUUUUUUUUUUUUUUUUUUUUUUUUUUUUUAAAUCACACUCUAAGUUCCAUUGAACCCAGGACUUGAGCCUCCAUUUCUGGCUUUUAGUCUGGUGUUCUAAGUACUUGACUUCAGGUCAGUAACUGUCCCCCUCACUCUACACUGGCACUUUUGUGAGAGGAAAUGACAUUUUGCUAGGAAGUGACCCAGUGUAGGAAUGCUUUUAUUUAAGACACCAGAUUCCAAACUUCUGAAUGGUGACAUUUUCAAAAAUUAUGUUUAGAUUUUAUGAAAAAAUUCUUCUACUUUCAUAUAUUCUUUCCCUAAAGGCAAACAUUUCUUAGUCCAUUGAAAAUGAAGGCACUUUUUUUCGAUUAUAUAUAUAUAUAUAUAUAUAUAUAUAUAUAUAUAUAUUAAAUGGGAUGACAGGUCUCAAAAGAAUUGGAGAAACCCUGGAAAACCACAAAGCCAAAUUUGUAUGCCACUGAUUGUAGGGCACAAGCACAGUUUUACAAGUUGUAUGAACAUGGACAGGCCUUCUGGUGUUUAUAUUUCUGGUAUUUAAUAUGAGUGAACACAAAUUUUAUUUGGAAUAAUAAUUUUCCUCCUAAACAAAAAUACAUUGAGUUUAAGUCUCUGACUCUUGCCUUUCUACUUGCUUUCUCUUGGGUGCUUCUCUGUCAGCUUGAAGGAACAAUGUUUUUCUGAAGCUGCUAUUCCAACAGACAGAGCCUAGCUUUCAUUUGGCACACAGACUAUAGCCAGAAGCCCAUGGAGCAGGGAUGCCAUGUCCCGAAAAGCUUAUUAGAUGCUUUACAAAUUUAAUUUUGCAGAUUAUUUUAGUCUGUCAUAUAAAAAAUGUAUCGGCAUGCAUAAUGCCAAGAAAGCAAGCCAAUUUAGAAACUUAGAUUAGUGACAAAAUUGGCCAGAGAGUGGGGGUGCUGAGGACCAAGAAUUACAAGUAGCAUGGCACCUGGAAUUUAAGGAGAGAGAAGAAUCAAUGGGUAAAACUGGGUGGAGGAGGGGCCAAACAGAAAAGUGCCAAGUCAUUCCCCAUCUUCCAAGGGUUGGAUUCUGGAGGAAGAAGCAUCAUUCGUAGUUCCCCCUGGACUUCUUUGACUUACUGUCCCCCACCAAAACCAAAACGAAACAAAAAGUCUUUAAUGCCUUCCACAUUAAUUAGAUUUUCUUGCAUUUUAUGGCAGUUUUUUAAGAUAGCUUAAGUGUUAAUUACCAGUUAAAACUGGUUUAGCACAAUUUGUAUUUUCCCUCUCUUGCCUUUCUAUUUGCAACAAAACAAAAGGUAUUGAGCCAUGUUUUAAAUGACAUUUUUGAUAAAUUAUAUUUGUACUGGUUAAUGAUGAAGGAGUUUUUAAAAAUCUGUUUAUAUAACUUUGCAGCAGAAGCCAAUUUUUUAAUAUAUUAAAACAUCAAAUUCAUGUACAGCAUGCAUCAUGGAUCAAUAGACUGUACUUGUUUUCCAAUAAAAUUUUCAAACUUUGUACUG